AUGACAUCAAUAGACGUAGAGUUGGGGACCAUCUCAUUCUGCGAUACUUCAACUUCAACAAUCUCUGGCUGUGGAGUUACUACAACACCGUCGGUUACGGUCAGCAGCAAUUCGUGUAUCGCAACCGAAGUAUCCUGCAUAACAAGAAUUGACGUAGAGUUGGGGACUGUCUCAUCCUGCGACACUUCAACCUCAACGAUCUCCGCCUGUGGGAUUACAACCUCGAACUCAUCGAGCACCACGCCAACCACACCACCGAUAACGAGCCCCCGCUCGUCUUCUUCGAGUCCAAGUGCUGUCAUCGACCCAGUUAGCAUAAGCACAAACAGUUCAUCUUCCUUGAGCAGCUCUACCACAGGACAUUCUUCGAGUUCUGGACCAGCAGUGGUGACGGCCAACAGCAGCUCAUCUUCUACAACCAGCUCUCCGCUUGGGAGUUCUUCGAGCUCCGGUCCAGCAACUGUGCCACUUAGUGUAACUACCGACGGCUCGUCCUCUUCCUCUCCGACGUCUCCACCAACAGGUCCACCCUCCUCACUCCCCACUUCUUCUUCGAAUGUUCCAAAGUUCGAUGCAGUCCCCGACAUCUGGCCCAUAACGCAAACAAUUCUUGGCGACUACACGCCCCUUGUCAUGAGCCGAGCAUUUCACAUGCUCCUUAGAACAAUGUAUGAACAGCUUCUAACAUGGGAGCCUAUUCGUCAAAUGCUUACCCCUGGAGGUGGAUCCCUCGUCGAUUCUUCCGUCUUAACACCACUCCGAAUUGCUAUCAUCUCAGCGCACAUUGGGACAGCUUUCUCCGCAGGGCUCACAUUUUUCGACACCGGUUAUUGCAACGCUGAAAACACGAAUAACCCAAUCAUUUGUCCGCCAAAACUGAGCGUCAAUCCCUGGGUCUGUGACGUAGUCAUCGUCACACUUGUUCUUCAGGUCCUGACCAUUAUAUAUGUGAUCUCUCAGUGGUGGAAGAAACCUGGUGGUUUCUCAGCUGACCCAACGAGCGUGGCUGGCAUAGCAGCAUUCAUGGGCCACCCGGAAAUCGAGCAAGAGUUUGUUCAGAUCCCAACCGAAAUCACUUACGCGGCGCUGAAGAAACGUUUGAGAGGAAAGAAGUUCAGAUUAGGGCAGUUUGCCACAGAGAGAGGUAUUGUCAAAUAUGGUAUCAUGCCAGUAGGAGACGAAGAGAAUGACCCGAAUAAGAAGGAAGGAAUUAAGGACAAAAUCGGUAGCUGGUGGACGAAUUUUCAAACCAAGUUUGCUUGGCUGCACAACUGGAAGAACAAUCGGUUCUUGUUCGAUAUACUUUUCGUCAUGCUGCUUAUCGCUCUUCUCGGCCUUACGAUUGAUGCGGUGAGCCGGUACAAUAAGACACAGGUCGUCUUCCUUGCGACUGCUUCGGCGAACGGCACAGGAUGGCGAAUCUUCACAGCACUUUUGGGCGUCAUCGUUUCCUACUAUUGGGGGCAAAUCUUCCAAGACGCUCAAACGUUUGCCCCUUAUAUCGACCUUGCCCGUGGUUCCUCGAACCCAGAUGCCACCAUCCUCCUCAGACGGCACAGCAUACCACUUACAGCAUUCUUUCCUUUACUUUGGCACUGCCACUACACCCCCGCAAUGGUAGCAUUCAUCGGCUUGAUUGCUGAACUCCUCAUCGUGGCCCUAUCAGGACUCCCUUACCGAACCGGACAAUCACGGGGCGAAUUCCUCUUCUGGGGCAUCACCUGCCUCGCUAUUCUUACAAUCAUGAUCAUUCAACUGAUUAUUCUCGCGAUCUGGCGACGCAAACUUCCUCACCUACCACGAGCACCAGAAAGCAUUGCGGCAGUCAUGACUUAUGUGGCGGGCACGAGCAUGACGAGAGACUUCAACGGGCUGGAGCAGCUGAAGAGGAAGGAGCGCGACCGAGCCAUCAGGGACUUGGAGAAGAGCUAUGCUUAUUGGUGGAGACGGGAGGAGGAUGGUAGGGUUAGAUGGGUCGUUGAUGUGGUGCCUGGGGAUAAAAACAAUAGAGCACUGAUGGAUGGGGCGAGUGAGUUUUCGUGAUGAGAAACAGGGCUGGGAUAAUGUGAUAUGAGAAUACGUG